UAGAACACGGAAGUAGGAUUAGAAACGAGUUUGUUUUGGCAAUAAUUUAGUGGAGUAAAAAUAAGACAUACUGACUGAACUAAAUAGGCCACCCAACUCUCAUUCGACUGAAAAUGUCUAAACUACAAUUGUUGCGUGUGUUUUUAAAUGAGCGUUUAACGGCGGCUGCUGUGGAGAUUUUCGGGGCAGUUGAGAAAACGGUGGUGGAGUACCAGGAGGAGAAUGAUCGGCUACGGAGACUGCUGCGGAAUCGAAUCACACCGGAGAUAAAACUAUGUAGAAUAGACUCCCUGCAGCUCUCUGUCUCUGAAGAGGAGGUUCCCCCUGAGCAGCAGCACUGUGAGCAGGAGUGGAGCCCCAGUCUGGGGCAGGAGGACCCAGAGCCCACACUGAUUAUAGACGAAGAGGAGGAAGUCAGGACCAGUCAGGAGGAAGAGCAGUUUCAAGGGCUGGAGCCUGAUAUAGAGUUCAUAUUCACUCCUUCCUGUGUGAAAAGUGAAUGUGAUCAGGAGGACCCACUUUGGUCCUUGACUCUUCCCCAAACCCAGACUGUGGAGAACAGAGAGAGUCAAUCUAAACCAGUGGAUCUCAAACCUUUUGGCACUGUGACCCACUUAAAGGGUCUCGACAUUCCCUGUGACCUUCCAUAUAAUCGUAACAAUGCCUCCAGCCACAGCUCAGCCGUAAGCAGCAACCUAGUAGGGCUUGACAUCAGACCACCAUUUGAUCCCAACGCACCAAUGGGGGAACCCUGCAUCUGCCCUUUUUGUGGCAAGACCUUCAAACAAAAAGGAAAUCUGUCCAUGCACAUGAAGAUUCACACAGGAGAGAAACCGUUUAGCUGUGGUGACUGCGGGAAACGCUUCAAUCGCAAGGAGCACUUAACCAGACAUAUACGCAUUCACAGAGGAGAGAAACCAUUCAGCUGCCAUUUUUGCUGUAAAAGCUUCAAUCAGAAAGGGGACCUAAGGAGACACAUACUGACUCACACAGGAGAGAAACCAUUUAGCUGUGGUGACUGUGGUAAAGGCUUCAUUCGCAAGGAGCAUCUAAUUGCACAUAUACGGACUCACACAGGAGAAGUGUCUGUGUCAAGCAGAACCUAACCAUGCAGAAACUGGCAAAUAGAUCUCUGAUGGAUUUACUGUCGUAAAAACAUUGUAUGUAAAUCAAGUUUGAUUUGAAUGAUGAGGUAAUGAUCAAACUAGGGGUGCACCGAUAUGACAUUUUUGGCCGAUACCGAUAACCAAUAUUAACAUUUUUUUGCGGACUUUUAAGCAUUCUAGUACAGUUAAAGAGUUAACACACACACACAUACACAUGGACUCAGAGGUCAAAGGCACUGCAUCUCUGUGCAAGAGGCGUCACUACAGUCCCCGGUUCGAAUCCAGGUUGUAUCACAUCCGGCCGUGAUUGGGAGUCCCAUAGAGCGGUGCACAGUUGGCCCAGCGUCGUCCGGGUUUGGCCGGGGUCGGGCCGUCAUUGUGAAUAACAAUUUGUUCUUAACUGACUUGCCUAGUUAAAUAAAGGUGACACUGACCACAAAAAAAAUAUUUAUUUGGCAUUUACAUAUGUCCCCAUUACCAGUAAAACAUCAUCAAAACCUAUUUCUUUCACUUACUUGCUGUACUGAUUCGUUAAUUUGUUCAGUAGUUUCAUUCCCAACCAGAAUGUCAUCAUACGUGUAUUAUGUAUUAUCAUGUAAACAUGAUUACGAGAAUGAAACGACUGAAGUGUAGUUUCAGCUGUCUGUCUGUCCGUGGCCUCUCUUCCUCGGUGCGCAAUGUCACUGUGUCCGUUUCCAUCUUGUCCAGCUGUCUGUCUGUCCGUGGCCUCUCUUCCUCGGUGCGCACUGUCACUGUGUCCGUUUCCAUCUUGUCCAGCUGUCUGUCUGUCUGUCCGUGGCCUCUCUUCCUCGAUGCGCACUGUCACUGUGUCCGUUUCCAUCUUGUCCAGCUGUCUGUCUGUCCGUGGCCUCUCUUCCUCGGUGCGCAAUGUCACUGUGUCCGUUUCCAUCUUGUCCAGCUGUCUGUCUGUCUGUCUGUCUGUGUGUCCGUUUCCAUCUUGUCCAGCUGUGUAUGUUACAUUUCACAUAAACCCUGUUUCUUGUCUGCACCGAGGUAGUGGUCCUUGUACCUACACAUCAAGCAUGGUGGCAACACAGUAAAGAGGCUCAGAGAGAAUGCCACCGAAUCCCUUGUUCACAGCCUCUAGUAGAGUACUUUUCCAAAUUUCAACCCCACGGUCUGUGUCGGCAGUUUUGUUGAGCCGGCAUUUCAAUACCAUGACAGAGGGGCAUCACGUCUGCUGCAGACGCAGUUGAAUGAGCUUAUUUCUCCAGUCAGUUGUUUCGAAUGGAGCCAGGAGUGUGUUCAUGUUUUUAAACAUGUUUCUCAAAUGCCAUUGAGAUGGCAGCAGCAGUGUGACAACCAGCACAUUCUUUAAGCAAUACGACUUUUCCUCAGUACGAAAUCCUCAUCGACUCACUGUGCUGUCAGACUCAGCACGCUCAUGGGACUGAGAUCGCUGGUCCAUGUGUCAGUCGUGAAGCUAAUAGCAGUGACGCCCAUAGCAAGUAGCUCAUAGAUGUACGUUUCACAAAACUGUGUAACUCCGGUAGGGCAACAUCUGAAAGGUGGAGAGUACCGGGGCUCGACCAGUCGGGGAAAAGCCAACAUCAUCCACGACAGAGAACGAUUGAUUGAAAGGGCAAUGAAUUCCAUUAUCUUGGCGUUAAUGGAUUUCACCUUUUGAGUCGUCUCGCUGAAAUGUUCUUACUCUUUCAAAUGACUGCUGGACUUGAACUUGUUUCGUUGUUGGAAGUGUAGCGCUUAGUAUUUUUCUGCGUUUGUUCUGUGUAGCACUGUAUUUUGUCGUGGUGUCAUAUCAGCUCGCUAUGUUAUAUUAGGUAUUCACAUCGUCUUUGACAUCGGUUUUACACAUCGGCGAUAAACUAGACAUCGGGCCGAUGUUGGCCUUUUUAGCUCAUAUUGUCCGGUUCCGAUAUAUCGUGCAUCCCUACAUCAAACUGUAGAAAAUUCACAGUUCUGCUGUACAAAGUCUGUAGAAUUUUUCCCUUCAUUAGAAACAGGAAUAUCUGGUUGUUGGAUUUUGGAAUGUAUUUAAGGUGAUGACAUAAUGGCCAGGAUGCAGUCAUUUAUACAUUAUAUUAAAUACAUUCAAUUUGUCCAAGAGUAUUUCUCAUAAAUUCAUAAAAUAAUUGAUUAUCGCAGAUCAUCCUAUAGUUAUGAUAAACAAUGUUGGUCAACAUGUAGUCAUUGUUUCCCUUUCCUACUGGCAUGUUGGCUGCUUUGCACAGUAGUAAACUCCCAUCCAGCUGGUGGCGCUAUUUUGUAUUUCCGGGUUCGUCACCCACCGACUUGAACCAAGAAGUUUUCUAUAAUUCAUUGACCAAAACACGGCUUGUGUGGAGUAAAUAAAGACCCACUGACUAACUAGUAGGCAACCCAACUCUCAUUCGACGAAAAAUGGCUAAGCCUACAAUUGUUGCGUGUGUUUAUUAAAUGAGAGUUUAUCGGCGGCUGCUGUGGAGAUUUUCGGGGCAGUUGAGAAAACGGUAGUGGAGUACCAGGAGGAGAAUGAUCGGCUACGGAGACUGCUGCGGAGGACACCGGUGAUACAACUAUGUAGAAUAGGUUCGUAUGUAGAUACUGAUAGCUAGCUUUCCUCAAAAUAAUUAUUGGGAGCUAUGUCAUGACGUAACAAAGGAAUUUGAAUGUGGCAAGAGAAAGGAUAAAUCGCCCUUAUUAAACUCGUCAGAUCAUUUUCCAUCAAUGGAUGUCGACUUAACUUGUUCUGACUGUUCUGAUAAAGCAAUAAGGCCCUAGGAGGUGUGGUAUAUGGUCAAUAUUCCACGGCUAAGGGCUGUUCUCAUGCAUGACGUAACACGGAGUGCCUGGAUACACCACUUAGCCAUGGUAUAUUGUCCAUAUACCACAAACACCGGGGGUGCGUAAUGCUAUUAUAAACUGGUUACCAACAUAAUUAGAACAGUAAAACGUUUACUUUUUUUUUUUUGGUCAAUUUAUGGUGGUUCGAGCCCUGAAUGCUGAUUGGCUGACAGCCUUGGUAUAUCAGACCAUAUACCACGGGUAUAUGGGACUCAACCCCAGUUCUCUUUGUGUUCAGUGACAGUGCCAAUACAUUUUGUUUUGUUUUCUGCUCAUAACGCACUGUGCCCGUUAGAAGAGUGUGAAAUUACAAGUUAUUAGAUCUGAUGGGUUCUGACUUCUAAACUUGAAAAUAUGAAAUAUCCUUAUUCAUGUUACAUUCUGUCAGAAUAUGUUAUUGUUAGACAUCAGGGAUCCUAUGGGAAGGAGAAGGGCCACAGUCUGGUACAAGUCAACAGGACAGCCGUGAGUUGGGAAGGGGUGAGGAAUUUGGGGCCUGAGGUCAGGUCAGAUGAAGUGAGGAAGAACAGAUGCCACUAAAGUUCUGUCUAGCGUCAGAUGUGUAAGGAGGAGACUCAGCAGAGGAGAAAGGGUUAAAUACCAGUACUUGUGUGAAUAUGUCUUGGUCUUAUGCAGCUCUGCGACCCAGUGGGUGAAUAAACUUGGUUUGAGUUU